AUGGCAAUGCAGACCAAGAGACAGUUUCAGGGUCGCCAAAAGAUAGCAAUGACCAAAAUUCCUAACAGGAGUCAUUUACAAGUCACAUUCUCGAAACGCUGUGCAGGUCUUUUCAAGAAGGCUAGUGAGCUCUGCACACUUUGUGGAGUUGAGAUUGCAAUAGUAGUCUUUUCUCCUUCCAACAAACCCUUCUCUUUUGGCCACCCUAGCAUUAAGAUCCUCAUCGACCGCUUUCUCACUCCAAGUCUUUCAUCAUUUCCCAUUAGUACUCAUCCAGCUCUUCCCCCCAGGAAGGCUAGUGUUGAACAUGAGCUGAACAUGCAGCUAACCACGACGCAAGGUCGUCUGGAGGCUGAGAAAAAGCGAGGAGAAGAGCUCGGCAAGAUGAUUAAAGACAGUGAGCAGUCGAGUCAUUGUUGGUGGGAGAAUCCAAUUGAGGAACUUGGAUUGGAUGAGCUAGAGAUGUUGAAGGCUGCAUUGGAGGAGCUCAAGAUGAAUGUGACAGAACAAGUCCACAAAAUGAAUGGCCCUGCCACAUUUUCAGUACCAUUCUCUGUGAUGAAUCGUGAUCAUCAUCUUUCUGAGAGAAAGUUUUCUGAGAUUAAUGGAUGUCAUGGUUCCAUGAUCCCUCAUUGUGCCUACGGACAUGGUUCUUUCCUUUGA